AUGGCGACUCCGGCCGCCGCCAGCGACUGGAUUCGCUACUGGGACGAGGCGUCCAGCGACUACUACUACCACCGGCCGGCGACGGGAGAGACGAGCUGGGAGCAGCCCGACCGCUGGAUUUGCGGCGAGGGCUACGAUUCGUCGGAGGACUCGGCACGCCGCUCCCGGGCCGGCAGCUCGCUCCCACUGGAGGACGAGGACGAUGUCGACGCGCCCGAGGAGGACCUCUUUGUUGUCCGCGCCUCGCUCAGCGGGCCGCCGCCUCUUCCUGCCGGCGGGCCGCCGCCCCUCUCAUUGGGUGCUCCGCCGCCGCUUCCUGUGGCGGCGGCAGAGCCCUCCUCGGCGCAGCGAGAGGAGCGACGCCGCAGGGUCCUGGGCGAGAUCCUGUCGACGGAGCGGACGUAUGUGGCCGCGCUCCAGACGCUCGAGAAGGUUUACAUGGUCCCGAUGCGUAUGGUCGCCGACGCGGGAGCGAAGGUUGCCAUCUUUUCGCACGCGGACCUGGACACGGUCUUCCUUAAUCUGGACGUCCUCCUGAAGCUGCACGCCCGCUUUCUUGAGCGGCUCGAGCAGGAGGAGGCGAGCGGCCACUUUGGCGCGAUCCUCUCGGGCGCGGCCAAGGACAUCAAGGGCUGCUACACGAGGUACAUCUCCAACUACGCGCAGGCGGAGGCGCACAUCUCCGCGCUCGCGAGCAAGGCGCCCGACAAGCACCGCUACCUCGAGGUGUGCAAGUCGCACCCCGACGCGGGAGGGCUCGACGUGCGCUCCUUCCUCAUCCAGCCCAUCCAGCGCGUGCCGCGCUACCGGCUGCUGCUCGAGGAGCUGCUUGCGCACACCGAGCCGGGCCACCCGGACGAGGCGGACUUGCGGGAGGCGCUCGCCCGCAUCCGCGAGGUGGCCGCCUUCAUCAACGAGGAGACGCGCGUGCUCGAGAAGAGCCUCGUGCGGCAGGGGCGCGCCUUCGUGCGCGAGGGCGAGCUCACCAAGGUCUUCCUCUUCUCCGACCUGCUCGUGUACGGCGUGCCCACCGGGCGCGGCUACGUCCAAAAGGGCCAGAUCCCCCUCGGCGAGGGGACGCGGGUCGAGCGGCUGCCGCGCACGGAGCACCUGACGCACGGGUUCGCCGUCGUCGACGGGCACGGCAAGGGGUACACGUGGCACGGCGAGUCGGAGGCCGAGACGGGGGAGUGGUUCGAGGAGGUGCAGCGGGCGGUUGCGAUCCUUGCGAUGGUGGCGCGGAAGACGGCGCUCGAGCACUUCACGGCGGCCAAGGCGGGCUGCACGCUGAUCAAGUUCAACCACCGCGACGGCCGGUCGAGCCCCCGGUGGGUGCGGAUCUCUGCGGACGGCAGCGCCAUCUGCUGGGGCGACACCAAGUCCAAGGAGUGCAAGUCGAUGAUGGCGCUCUCCAAGGCGGUCGCGCUGAUGCACGGCGCCAAGAGCGCGGCCUUCUACCGCGCGCAGGGCGCCAAGAAGGACCGGGACUGGCUCUGCUUUUCGCUCCUCUUCCGUGGGCGCACGCUCGACUUCGCGGCGACCACCGCCGAGGGGCUCUUCACCUGGUACCUCGCGCUGGCGGCGCUGGUCGGGCCGCGCUCGAGUGAGCCGAUCCUCGACGAGGAGGCGCUGCGCGCGCGCGUCGCGGAGAUGAUCUAG